AUGCUGCAAGUCGGUAGACGACGGCUCGGUAACUGGCUAACAUAUAGCGGCUUUCAGCGGUUAUACUCUUCAUCUACCAAAGAGUUGGUCAUCACAGAUAAGUUCAGUACGCUUAGACCGGAGUAUAAGUCGCCAAGAUACCCUAUAGUUUUAUGUCAUGGAUUUUCUGGUUUCGACAAGCUUGCUUUUCCCAAACUAACUGAUGUUUUGAACCAGCAAAAAAAGUUGGAAUCGGCUGUAGAGGCUACUGUGGAUAAGCUCUCUUCACCGUUGGUGCUGCUCGACUACUGGAUGGGAAUUAGAGAGGCAUUAGAGAGAAUUGGAAGUACAGUUCUUAUAGCCAAAGUUCCAGCUUUUGGCACUAUUAAAGAACGAGCCGAGAGCUUGAAUGAGUUCAUUGAACGGCAGUGUAAGCAGCUCCGAAAGAAGGAGUCGAAAGCCUCGAUAUAUGACACUGGAAGUGCUGACUCUCGUUCUUUCAAGCAUAUUAAUGAGCGCAUAAAAGUCAAUUUGGUGGCCCAUUCUAUGGGUGGUUUGGACUGCCGAUACAUGAUCUCAAAACUCGAGCACAAGCUGUUUGAAAUUGUCUCGUUGACCACGAUUUCAACUCCACAUCAUGGCUCAGAAUGUGCCGAUUUCGUCGUGCAACUCAUAAAUCAGUUUCCCGCAUUGAAGGCUGUUUGUCCCAAGUCGAUUCCAGAGUUGACGACGUCGCAUAUGAGACAGUUCAACAAAGAGGUGCUAGACGAUCCUGAUGUUUCGUAUUUGUCAUAUGGUGCUUCGUUUGACCCACAUUGGUUCAAUAUCUUCAAAAUAACCUCGGAUAUAAUGAAGACAAGAAUCAAAUCUGAAAACCACAAAAAUGAUGGACUUGUCAGCGUCGAAAGUGCCAAAUGGGGCCAUUAUCUAGGAACCCUUGACCAGGUGGACCACCUCGAUUUGAUAAACUGGACAAAUAAAGCUAGAACCAUGGUAGACAAAGCCAUGUUUGCCCAUGAUCCCAAAUUCAAUGCAAUUGCGUUGUAUUUAGAUGUAGCCGAUAAUUUAUAUAAACAUGGAUUUUAG